AUGUCGUCCACUAAAAUCCAGUUACGAGGGCAGCCACUUCCUAGAGUUCCGGCAAGAAACCACCAUAUGAUAAACUCUGUUGUUUGUGGAGUUCACAUAGGAAGUCACCACCGUGUAAUCAACGUACUCAGCCAUACGAGUGGUCCAUCUUUUGGCUCUGUGACUUCUGUCUCAGUACGAACCGACGAGAGACCGUUUCUUCGUGGCGACGGUAAUGGUUGA